AUGUCUACCUUUCGUCAAUACAUUUUCUUGUUCAAGAAGACGGGCCACACUCACGCUCGCUGUGCAAGCAAGUCGUCGCUUGUCUUGUUAUGCCUCAUGCUACCCGCAACCUUGACGAGACUUCUCGUCCCUCUUCUGGGCUGGUUCUCAACCCGUGAACAUGAUACACCUAGCACGACCCUGACGACCCUGACGAACCACGACUUAACUGCACCGGAACCGGUGGUGAUAACUGCGACGCCUCAACAGCAACAACCCAAACUGCAAUUCGAGCUUCGACACCUUCAUGCCGUUUCGCCUGAGGCUAAAGUGCUGUUCCAUGAUGUGCGGAGAGAGGAAUUAGAGGCGGAGGAAGAGGAAGAGGAGGUGGUUGAAGGACAGAGUUUUGAUAAUGAUGGUGAUAGGAGUGGGACAACGGCGACGACGAGACGAAGAAGGGCGAAGCGAACUCCGUAUAUGAUAUCGACGAAGCCAGUCCGGCGGUAUCGCCCGUCCUCGUUCGAAGCAUUCUCAGCUGCUCGGGAGAGUAUACGCCUGCAAUCCCAAUCCCGCAUUACCGGCUUGCGCUCAGCGGAAAACUCUGGAGCAGUGGAACCGCUUAACUGGGAGGUGGAAGAUGUGGAAGGACCGGACGUGGAGAAGCGGGAGACCUUACUAUUGCUGGCCAAGAUGGCGAACGAUGCGUACGUGGAUCCGAAGGACCCGGCUUGGUACCCUCUAGAUGAAGGCUGGAAUACUUCCUACCCCUUCGGCUGGGAACCAGACCAAGACGGAUUCCGCGGCCACGUCUUCGCAAACGAAGACAACUCGACCGUCGUCGUCUCAAUCAAGGGCACCUCUGCUGGCCUUUUCGGCGGCGGAGGCCCCACGUCCAAGAAGGACAAGCUCAACGAUAACUUGCUGUUUAGCUGUUGUUGUGCGAGGAUCGAUUGGACGUGGACGACAGUAUGCGGAUGUUACAGGGGCUCCGGGAAGUGCGACCAGAACUGCUUGGAGGCGUCGUUGAUUGAAGAGUCGUUGUUUUACCCUAUUGGGACUAAUCUGUACAACAAUUUGACUUAUAUGUAUCCCGAAUCCAAUAUUUGGAUUAUCGGGCACUCACUCGGCGGUGCACUCGCCAGUCUUCUUGGUGUAACAUUUGGAAUGCCUGUUGUAUCAUUCGAAGCCCCAGGAGAGAAGCUAGCUUCCCAGAGACUCCACCUGCCUCAACCACCUGAACUUCAGCAUAUCACACACGUUUACCACACUGCCGAUCCGAUAGCAAUGGGGACUUGCAAUGGCGUCCUAUCGUCCUGCUUCUUAGGCGGCUACGCAAUGGAAACUGGAUGCCACCUUGGAAAGACCAUCGUCUACGAUACGGUUACAUCGGCUGGAUGGACAGUAGACAUCCGGACACACGGCAUCGUGACCAUCAUUGAGAAAUUGCUGUCGGAACCUUGGCCGCCAAGUGUCGAGCAAGGACGUGAAGUUCCGGAGGCGAAACCUCAGGAUGACUGUGUGGAUUGCUACAGCUGGGAAUUCGGUGACUUUCCCCAGUCGAAGAAGAGACUAUGCGGAUCCUGA